AUGCAUUUGAUGUACACCGAGGACCCGGCCACGGGCAAGAGGAUAUACACUCUGAAAAAGGUCCUCGACGGCGUGGUCACAAAGUCGGCGCAUCCCGCGAGAUUUUCACCCGACGACAAAUAUUCGAGGCAUCGAGUUACACUAAAGAAGCGAUACGGCCUCCUGCUCACCCAACAAAAAGAGGAGAAAAAAUGA